AUGCCGAUCAAGAUUGACUGGUAUAUGAUGUGGCCGUGCGGCAUUGCUGGAGGCUUGGAGAAGCACCAUGACGGCUCAAUGGUGUGCCAUCGUGAUCUGCGAGCUGACCUUGCGGAACGGCCUACUCCGUGGACUCCAAAAGAAGAUGGUCUACGACGAACUACACCUUCCAUGGACGAAAGGUUGCCAGUUCAAUUCGAAGAACGCCCAAGAGUGGCCGACAUUGUCCCCUGUCUGGGCAUGGAGUAUCAAUGUAUCUCCCUCGAGGAUCCGAGUCUUCGGCACGUUUCCAAGGGGAUAGGCGCGGCUCGUGGUGGCAAUGAACGUAGUGUUAGCCAUAGUGAGAGUAUCAGUCUGUACUGGUCGAUUUCAGCGUAA